AUGGUGUUGCUCACGGCGGAACAGCAGCGGGCGUUCGACGCGACGCUGCGGAAGCGGACGCAGUUGGAGGCGGCGGCGCAGAGGGGGGCGGAGGGACGGGCGGAGCGUUUCGAGCGAAAGUGGACGGACGGACACGGGGUGCUGCACUCGCGAGCGUCGGGUCGGGGACAAAAGGGCGAUGAGACGGUGAAGGUUUUGAGCGUGAUCGAUGAGUCUCCGGUGUUCGCGCUCGACGCUGGGGAUCCGAAUUACGACUCGACGGAGGAACCGUUCUCGCUGCGGUCGACGCCGGGAGACGCGGCGAAAGCUGACGUCAUCGUGGAGUACAAACGAAAGGCUGAGACGAUCAUCGACGAGUACUUCAACUGUUCGGAUAUCGAUGAGGCCUGGGCGAGCGUUGAACGACUCGACGCUCCGGUUUACGAGCACUUUUUCGUCAAGCGCCUCGUCACGCUCGCCAUGGAUCGAGGGAAUCGCGAGAAGGAAGCGGCGGCGACGCUACUCAGCGCCCUGUACCCAAGCGCGCUUUCGGGAACGCAGAUCCAACGCGGUUUUGUUCGCCUCGUGGAAUCUGCGGAUGAUUUGGCGAUCGACGUCCCUGACACGGCUGAGGUUUUGGGAAUGUUCAUCGCUCGAGCCAUCAUAGACGAUCUGUUGCCGCCGUCAUUCCCGGAUAACGUCGCGGCCAUGGACACGUGCGAAGGUAAAACGGCGCAAGAAACACUCUUGCUCGCGCACGGUCACCUCACUGGUCCCGGUCAUGUCGAUCGCGUGCUUCGCGCUUGGGGCGAUUUUGACAAGUCGCCACUCGACGCCGCGAAGCUUCAAAUCAAGUCUAUGCUCGACGAGUACGUCGUUACGAACGACGUCUCGGAAAUCCGUCAUUGUUUGCACGACUUACACAUGGCCUUCUUCCAUCAUGAAUUCGUCAAGAAAGCGCUCAUGCUCGCUCUAGAGGCGCCGAAGGACAGCAACAUUGUCGCCAACAUUCUCGGCUUGCUCAAAGUCCUUGGAGACAGCGCAGAGUUGAGCAUGAGUCAGCUUCAAAAAGGUUACGCUCGUGUCGAAGGCGUGAUUGAGGACUUGAGCUUGGACGUCCCGGAUGCCAAGUCAAAACUCGAACACGUCAAGAACAUUUGUGUCCAACACGACAUAGUAAAAUUUGAUGCCUGA